AUGGACGCUUCCCAUCUGCCAGAUUUCGACGACUUGCCUCACAUCGAGGGCAUGCCCCAAGGCUGCGCUUGGGGUGUGUUCGACCGCGACGGCAAAAAAGAUCUCAUCGGCACUCUGAACCUCCUCACGCCAACCAUUGUCAAGAGCGCAUACGCAGAAGCCAGAGAUGGGACUUCGAUCUCUCUGAACUGGCCGUUGAAUGGAAUGGCAAUACCAUUACCGGGUCGUAUGAGCCCCGUACACACUCACAUGACCCUGCGUGAGUCGGGCCUGUGCGAUGGCACUGGCUGGGAUGAUGAGAUCCAUUUCAACACGCAGCUCAGCAGUCAGUGGGACAGCCUGGUCCACUGGCAGCACCAACCGUCUGGACUGGCGUACAACGGCAUCGCUGUGACAAAAGAGGCGCUUGCAUCACCGACCGCCACGGCUGAGAAUACCAUGCCAACUCUGGAUCACUGGCACCCAGCUGGCGGGCUCGUUGCCCGCGGCGUCCUCAUAGACUUCAAGGAGUGGUAUGACGCCAAAGCGCACCGGGACGGCGAGACUGACGGUGGUUUCCAUCCGCUUGAUGGACACCGUAUCACUGUUGCAGAGAUUGAGGAAGUCGCUAAGGCCCAAGGCAUCGACUUCCGACACGGGGACGUCCUGAUUAUCCGUACGGGGCUGACCGAGGUUUUGGGUAACCCUCAACCACAAGACUUGGCGAAGCUGCAAUCCGGCCGGAUAUCAGGUAUGCAUGGUGACUUGGACUCGGCCAAAUGGCUCUGGAACAAGCACUUUGCGGCCGUGGCCGGUGACUCUUGGGCUUUUGAGGCUUUGCUCCCUCUCAAGGAAGACGGAUCAACCGGUGGUCCAAACGAUCUUGGUGAGCAAUACCUCGCGUUCAGUUGUAUUACUUCAGUUCAUUAA